AUAAUGUCGGAGUAGAUACGUAGUUCAAAUAAAUUGAGUGCAGUCAUCGUACCCUUAAAUAUUAAAUCCAGGGGUUGACCAAGCUAGGUCACCUGUGGGUGAUUCCAUCACCACUGGAUGGUAAAGUGGAUUAAAUCCCACUAUAUAAACCGUAGAUAUCGCCUUUCGAUCAUCCUCAGUCCCUCCCCUUCCAUCUCUAUCGCUUCUUUUCUACAUUAUUAUGGACCCAAAUCACCUCUUCCUCUCCUUGCUCAAAAUCCUUCUCCUCUUCCUCCUCUCAGGACCACAAAAAGUUCUGGGAUUGUCUCAUCUUCACUACAAACAUCAUGGCUUUCAAUUUAAGCCCACAAAGCUCUUUGUGUUUGGAGAUUCAUAUGUCGAUACUGGGAACAUUGGGAAGCCGGUAGCCAGUUCUUGGAAACAGCCCUACGGUAUCACCUUUCCUGGUAAACCAGCCGGUCGCUUCUCUGAUGGACGCGUCUUGACAGAUUAUUUAGCCAGAUUUGUGGGAGUGAAGUCCCCGAUACCAUACAGAUGGAGAAAACUAGGAAGAAAGCACUUGAGAUAUGGGAUGAACUUUGCCUAUGGAGGGACGGGCGUGUUUGAUACGUUGGUUGCUCAGCCAAAUAUGACGACGCAGGUCGAUUUCUUUCAGCAGUUGAUAAAGGAUCAAGUUUACAGGCCUCGUGACCUUCAGUUUUCUGUGGCCCUCGUCUCCGUCGCUGGAAAUGAUUAUUCUACUUAUACUGCAAGAAAUGGCUCUGCUGAGGGUUGGCAAACAUAUAUUACACAAGUGGUGAAUCAGCUUGCCUUGAAUUUAAAACGUAUUCAAGGCCUGGGGGUGAAGAAAUUGGUUGUUUCAGGUCUGGAGCCCUUAGGAUGUCUACCUCAUAGCACAUUUACUUCUUCUUUCCAAAGGUGCAAUGGAACCGAGAACUCGCUCGUCAAUAUCCACAAUAUGUUGCUGCAGCAAGCUGUGACAAAAUUAAACAAUCAAACAAAGGGCUCUAAAAUUGUCAUUCUGGAUCUUUAUGGUGCAUUCAUGACUGUUUUCAAGAACAAAGGAGGUUCAAAGUUUGAGAAGCCAUUGGAGCCAUGUUGUAUUGGAAUAAGCACAGAAUAUUCGUGUGGAAGCAUAGAUGAGAAGGGAGAAAAGAAGUACAGAGUGUGUGAGAAGCCGGAAGCUUCUUUCUUUUGGGACACGGUGCAUCCCACCCAGGAGGGGUGGUCCGCUGUGUACUCCGUCUUGCACGCCAAUCUUGAACAGAUUUAGCCUUCGAUUUAAAAAAUCUGUUUUGACGCUCCGCAUGUUUCAUAAGAAAUCCAUGUUAUCUCUUGUCAAUUUCUUAUUAGUUGUAAUAAUGUCUGGAUUAGCAAAGUUAGAAUUGCGAAGUUAUUAUUUCUAACAAAAGUUGGAUGUGAUUUCUGGGUGA